AUGGGCAAAGGGAAAAAAAAAAAGAUAACACGCAAAAGCAACCCCCACUCCAACUCUUCCAAAUCAAUAAAAAUCAAGAUACCAGCACAACAGAAGCCACCACUUAUCAAUAUCAGUUCAUCUCCACCUGCUGGUCCUGCCCCCAAAUCUCCAGACAUCUUCUCUGCCAAGUUCACUCCCAAGAAACCCUCCUCCAUCAUCACCAAGCCAUCUGUCCUAUGGUCUGACCACGAAGCCGACUACAAUAUUUCACCCAUUGCAUUUCAUACACCAACCCGACAGUCCAGCAAUAAUUCCCCUGCUAUCUGUGUCUCGUCACUGCCACCACUUCCAAAAUUUCACAAGCGUAUCCGUACUCUCAUCAAAAAUCUUCCCUCACCUAACCGAGAUGGCCCAGUGGAAAUCACUAGUGGAGAUGAAGCAUUGUCGCUGUCGGGCUCAGAUGAUUCACUCAUAACCUCACCUCGAAAAAUUCAAGUUCCCAUGAAACGUUUGCGCGGCCGGCCACGUAAGGAGCAGCCGCAGCCCUCGGAGUCAUUCUGUGUAAAGUUAUAUGUUGAGGUUCUCGGAGAAAUGAAGAUGGAGCAGACGAAGUCAAAGUGUGGUGCUCCUAAGAUGGUUAUGGAGGAAUCUCAACUCUUUGGCCCUCGGAACUUGACAAACAUGGAUACCUAUGAAGACUUUCUUGAGGCAUGUGCUGACAUGGUGCAUAGUGAUCCCAAGAAUCUCGCCAUUGCGUCAAUGUCGUGGUCUUUCACCAAAGAUGGAAAGUCAGUCAGGUCAAAAGGUCAGAAGACAGGUGCAGGAUUACCAAUCAUGGACAAUGCGGGCUUCAGUUCAAUGAUUGACGACAUUCGGGCUCUCGUCGAUGACAAAAAAGCGGUGUGCAAAGUCAUGAUUACUAUGGGACGCCCACUCAGGCCAGGGAAUAGCCUUCCACCAUGGGCAACAGACUAUGUUGCUCCUGAACCUGCCGAGGCAACCAUCUCAAACAUGGAUUCCCUAAUUGGCAACUUUCACAACCUUGAUACCAGAUUGAAGCCGAUUGUUGACAAACUAAAAGAGAUGUAUCCCCAUGGCAGCUGUACUCUGCAUAGUGACCGACACUGCUUUCAUUACCCCGCUCAUGACUGGCAUUUUGACUUAAACGACAACCGGCUCAAAGUAUGGGCUCAAGCUAUAUUCCGUAACCAAACCAACUACCUUUUGCCCCCGCUAGGCAGCGUCUUUUUCAAGCAGAACCAGACAAUUUGGGAUCCAAUGCCAGCCCCUCCAGCAGCUCCACCAACUAUACCAGCAACUCCAGCACCAACGUUCACCAGUUAUCAUUCAGCCCCAUAUUCGGCAGUGCCACCCAUGAUGCCCCCAUAUCCAACUUACUUUCCUGGACCUUAUCUAGGAACACCAUACGGACCUGGUUUUCUUCAGCCACCGUCAACGCCUGCCACCAAGUCUAUGAGAUCAUCCAGUCCCCCGAUUCAUAGUCCCGAAAAGAACAACAACCCAAUCAAUACUAAUGACUGGUGUCGUGAAAGGGGACUUGGCGAGACAGGCAUUGCAGCAUAUCUGGAGGUUCAUGCUGGCUUCCGCAUUGGUGAUAAGCUUAGUUACGUUGACAAUGGUGGCUGGGAGAAGGCUGGAAUCAAGCCCGUACAUUGGAAGAGGUUUCUUGACAAGUAUAGACACUGGUCUCGAGAGAGACGUAACUAG